AUCUCUCUUCAUGUUCUGCAAACAUACUGAAACACGCACACUUAUACAAACCCACAAACACAUAUUUUCACGCCCACAACCAGAUUCACACACAGAGACAAAAUCCACCUAUACACACGCACACAUUCACAGAGAGAUUUGCCCCCCCUCACACACAGAGGGUCACGCACGGACACACUCGCACCCUCAGUUGGAUACUGACAGUGCUUUGCCAAUUUGUAGGGUUUUGGUGAUUUUGGGUUUAGGUAUAGAAUCAGUUCAUCAGUGGCAGGCAGAGGUAAGAUUUCCAUCUUACCUGGAAAUCUUAGAGCUGCAUAAAGCCUCCUUUUACUCCUCGUUCUUGCUUUCAAAGACGCUGCUGGUAAAAGAAAGGCUUUUUCAACAUCACUGCUGCAAAUCUUUGGAUAAUAACAACGAUGGCAGGUGGACAAUCGGAAAGAGAAGACAGAGUCUCAUUGGAACUCACUGAAGAAAUCCUUCAAAGCAUGGAAGUAGGCAUGGCGUUUCGAGAUUAUAAUGGUAGGAUCAGUUCAAUGGAUUUCCAUAGAACAUCAAGUUUUCUGGUGACUGCUAGUGACGAUGAAUCCAUUCGCCUGUACGAUGUCACCAAUGCAACAUGUCUGAAGACAAUUAAUAGCAAAAAGUAUGGAGUGGAUUUAGUUUGCUUUACUUCGCAUCCCACAACUGUCAUAUACUCUUCGAAGAAUGGUUGGGAUGAAUCGCUGCGGCUUCUUUCAUUGCAUGACAACAAGUAUUUGCGGUACUUCAAGGGUCACCAUGACAGGGUUGUCUCUCUCAGCAUGUGCUCUCGAAAAGAAUGUUUCAUCUCUGGUUCUCUUGAUCGCACUGUUUUGCUUUGGGAUCAAAGAGCUGAAAAAUGCCAGGGUCUUUUACGUGUUCAAGGAAGGCCAGCUACUGCUUAUGAUGAUCAGGGCCUUAUCUUUGCUAUUGCUUUUGGAGGAUACAUAAGAAUGUUUGAUGCUCGCAAUUAUGAAAAGGGCCCUUUUGACAUAUUUUCUGUUGGGGGAGAUAUGUCUGAUGCAAAUAUAAUCAAAUUCAGCAACGAUGGGAGACUUGUACUUUUGACAACUACAGAUGGGCAUAUUCACGUGCUUGAUUCAUUUCGUGGGACACUUUUAUGGACAUACAAUGUCAAACCAGUUUCGAGCAAUUCCACUUUGGAGGCAUCUUUCAGCCCUGAGGGAAUGUUUGUAAUAUCAGGUUCAGGUGAUGGUAAUGUCUAUGCCUGGAGUGUUCGUAGUGGCAAAGAAGUGGCCAGCUGGACGAGUACUGAAACUGAACCUCCGAUCAUAAAAUGGGCUCCAGGAAAUCUAAUGUUCGUUACUGGUUCUUCUGAAUUAUCGUUUUGGAUUCCAGACUUGUCCAAAUUGUCAGCUUAUGUCGGAAGAAAAUAGAAAUUUCCACUGGGAACACCCUCAUGAUUUGUGGUGUGGCAUAGUAGAAAGGAACAACAAAAUAACAAGUUCAAGGCACAUGUGCUUUGUAUCUUUUGAUGAAAUGCAUCUUUUAAAAGAGAAGAGACAGUGGUCAAACAUGCCCUAUAUACCGUAAGUUAUACCUGCUGCUUUGAGAAGCUGCUUCUUAAAUCUCGACGAUAUAGCUGCCGACUAUGGUGGAUUAUGCUGCAUCAUAAUCUUCUUCAAAAGCAGCACAAGCAGUCCAGUCGGUGCAGCAGCUGCAGUAUGCUCUGGGCAAGAAUUUUUGGCUGCUGCUAAGGAACCUGGUUCAUGCGAUGCAGUUUACUCAUUUUUCUUUUUUGGGAUUUUCCUCUACUUUGUUGGAUUGAGUUAAAAAACAGUGACUACAAAAGAUUUCGAUUCAGAUCAAACUUGUGGCUGACUAUAU